AUGGAGAUAAGGCAUAUUGCGAGGAUGUUGAUAAGGUUCUUAGCAAGAAAAAUUUCCAACUCAAGCAAGAUGAAUGCAGACCCAGUUUUACCCAUGAUACCAUUUGACAGACUAAGCAUUCAAAAAAUCGAUUGUGAGAAGCAGUGGUUUUCACAGGAGAUUUCUGGGGUGGAGUUGGUGGAGCAAAUAUUACAAAUUCUGGGGUUAGUGAUUCUUGACAAGAUUGCUAAAUGCACCAAGAAAGUCGGGAUCAUUGGAAAAUACAGGACCCACUAUGGUGUGUCCCUCUGGAAAAUGGUGAAGAAAAUUGAAAUCAUCCAGCACGCCAAGUACACUUGCUCCUUCUGUGGCAAGACCAAGAUGAAGAGACGAGCCGUUGGCAUCUGGCACUGUGGUUCCUACAUGAAAACAGUGGCUGGUGGGGCCUGGACCUGCAACACCACUUCUGCUGUCACAGUGAAGUCUGCCAUCAGGAGACUCGAGGAACUGAAAGACCAGUAGAAGCGCUACCGUUUGAGACUUGCCUAGCCUACAAUAAAUGGGUUAAUUUACG